UCCUCUUCAGAUCAGAUCACGAUCAGAAUCAUAAUCCCAGUCACAAUCGCAUCACGGUUUUGCAGCCGACGUUUGUAGAGCGAGAGAGCAGAGAAGAAAAGAAGGCGAGAGAAUGGCCGGAAUCAUCCACAAGAUCGAGGAGAAGCUCCACAUGGGAGGCCGCAAGGAAGGCGAAGGGGCCAAGGCGGGGCAGCAGCACGCCGGCGAGCACAAGCCGGAAUACCACCCCGGUGGGGAGCACAAGCCGGAGUAUCACCACGGUGAGGAGCACAAGCCGGAGUAUCACCACGGUGAGGAGCACAAGGGGGAGCACCGCUACGGCGAGGAGAAGAAAGAAGGCCCGUUGGAGAAGAUCAAGGAGAAGAUCCACGGCGGGGAGGGCGGGCACGGAAAGGACGGCGAGAAGAAGAAGAAGAAGGAGAAGAAGAAGCACGAGCACGGGAGCGGCCACCACGACGACGGCAGCAGCAGCAGCGACAGCGAUUAGGUUUAGGCGCCUCCAUCUUCAUUUCACUUCUUCACUUAUAGCUACUUCAGGUGGAUGGAGUUGGAAGAGAGAGAGGCUGCUUUGAUGCUGCUGCUAUUGUGUUUAAAUGUUAGUAAUAAUAAUGCUACCGUGUGGAACUCUUAUUUGUAUGAAGAGAUGAUAAUUAGCGUGGGAAUGAUGAAUGUUAAGUUGUCAUACAGCUGUGUUUGGUUCUUGAAUUUAUAUGAAUGCAUCGUUUAUUUUCUCCUA